AUGGCUGGAGACAGCAAUGGCCGAGAUACCACUUCCUCGAGCUCAUCCAGUAGAAGCGAGGUCAGCAUCACUAAAAGUGCAAUGGCACCCAUUCCAAACGACGUGCAAUCCCAUGGGAACCAUGGGGAUGGUGAUGUUGAGGGGCAGAAUGUGACAGAGCCCUCGAUUGGAGACAAAUCCUCGGCGCCAAAUAAGCUUCCACCACCACCACCACCAAAUGGCGGCUUCAAAGCUUGGUUACAGGUUCUGGGCGCUUUCUUUCUAUUUUUCAACUCAUGGGGAAUCAUCAAUACCUUCGGCGUAUAUCAAACUUAUUACAAAACAACAUACAUACCACAGCAAUCCCCAUCAGCUAUUUCCUGGAUCGGGACAACCGAAGGGUUUCUCCUCUUCCUCGUUGGUGUUAUCGCGGGCCCCAUUUUUGACAAGGGGUAUCUGCGCUUUCUCAUCGUCACGGGCAGCUUUUGCGUCGUCUUCGGCCUGAUGAUGACUUCUCUGAGCACUGAGUAUUAUCAGCUCUUCUUGGCACAGGGUGUCCUUGUCGGGAUCGGCUGUGCGUUUUUGUUUGUGCCCAGUGUAGCCAUUGUGGCAACGUACUUUACAACGAAGCGCGCGUUGGCAAGCGGUAUCACGGCCUCUGGAGGAAGUCUCGGAGCGGUGAUUUAUCCGAUUUUAUUUCGCAAACUCAUUGACAAACUCGGGUUUGGUUGGACCACGCGAAUCAUCGCAUUCAUAGCACUUGGGUGUUUGAUUGUAUCCAUCGCCAUCCUGAGGUCCCGGCUACCACCCCCUCCCAAAACUCAAAAACUCCUUGAUAUAUCUGCCGUGCGCGACAUCCCAUAUCUAGUCCUUAGCUUCGGCAUAUUCUUCGUCUUCGUUGGCCUUUACUUCCCCUUCUUUUACGUCCCAACGGACCUAAAGGUAAGGCUGCAUGCCAGUGACGACCUAGCUUUUUCCAUGAUAGCCAUUCUCAACGCUGGUUCCAUCUUCGGUCGGAUCAUCCCCGGUCUCCUGGCGGAUCGUUUUGGUGCCUUGAAUGUAAUGAUUCCCUGUUCAUUCGCUUGUGCUGUUCUUCUGUUUGCUUGGAUGGGAAUUCACUCGAUCGCGGGCUCUAUUGUUUUCUCCUGUCUGUAUGGGGUUUUCUCCGGCGCCCUUGUCUCUCUCCCACCAACUGUUAUUGUGUCUCUUAGCCCUGAUCUAUCCCUCGUGGGAACACGCAUGGGUAUGUGUUUUUGGUUCGCAGGCUUGGGACUGUUGAUUGGCAACCCGAUCGCAGGCGCACUUCUUGAUAUUUACUCUAGUGUGUUUUGGAAGGCGCAGUUAUUUGUUGCCGUGUUGUUGAUUACCGGGACGGCAUUCCUGGCUUGGGUAAGAAUCAUGGUCGCGAAGGAAAAGGGUUGGAAAAUAUAG